GCUGUCUGUGAAUGGAUCUGGGAGAGAGAGGGGGAGAGGGAGAGGUGUCUCGGAGACUGUAAAUCAAUAGGAAAAGCCCUGUCCACACAGAGAAAGUACCUCACACCACAAAGACAUUGAUUUAUUUUUUCCUAGUCUUCAUCUUCCUUCUGUAAAGGGGGGAGCAAGAAAGCCCGAGAGAGAGAGCGAGAAAGAGAGAGGGAGAGAGAGAGAGGGAGAGACCGCCUCCUCAGCAUCCCUCAGACACAGCUUUAUCCUCUCGCACCAGCUAAGCUGGCUGUGUCUGAGAUGAGUCUUGCAUAUCCAUUGUGGAGCUAUGGAUGCUGGUGAAUGCUUCCUCCCCUCUUCUGGGCAGGAUGAAAGAAGCCCUUGGCCUCUGGACCUUAAUUUACCCCUCUGCCCAACAACCACCAAAGAUACCCCUCUCCUGCCUCCCAAUCCUUCACCAGAAUUCUCCUCCUCUUCCACCUCUGUUACUGGAGGGGGUUAUGGGGCUGCUAGCCCAACAUCCUCCAUGUUGCAGAUGCCCCUCUUGACUCCCAGUUCUCCGCACCCAACUUAUCUGCCAAAGCUCUCAUCUCCUUUACAGCCAAACUGCAAAGAGGAAACUGAGGAUGGAGGAGAAGCACUGGUGGGACAUGUGCUGUUUGCCAGUGACGGAACUGUCUACCUCCUGAAAGGUGAGGAAGGAGAAGAUGGUGCUCUUCCUUCCCCUUCUUUACCGCAGGACUCUCCAAAAAGCACAGUGACGACCCAUCCUCCGCUCACCUCUUUUCGUCUCACCGCCACCUACCAAGGCUUUUGCUCUAACCAAAUAUCCCGACAUACCUCAGCCGAGGCAGCCAAUCUCACUCAAACGGCGCCUGGCACCUCGCCCAGAACACAAGACCAACCCAAAGAAAAGGAGGCAGGGGGGAAACAAGAGGAAGAAGAUAUCAAAUAUGAAGCACACAGAGAGUCUACCAAGCUACAAAGGGUAGAUGGAACAUGGAUUUGUCUCCCAUGCCGCCUCAACUUUCAUACUGGAAUCCAACUGGGAUGGCAUGCUUCUCGCUUCCAUGGCUUGGAGCACCCUUAUAAAGAUCAGCUAGCAUCAGGGGAAACCUCUGGUAUCAUACAUAGAUCUGGUGGGCAGAUUUUUAUCAGCCUUUUAGAACCAAAAAGAAGCCAAAAUGUGUUAGAUGCUGGCCAGGAGCCAGAGAAUGUUGUCCUUUCUAGGGUCCAAACCACCCCAUCUUCAGAUGUAAUCCAAAGCAUGCCUGAGAAGUCAGGGACAUCAGAGGAUUUAGUGUCAAAUACAAACCCCAGUAAUACCAAAAGUCAAGGGACUUUUCAGGGGAAUCCAGACGGAAACCCCAAGCUUUCUAUGGGCCUGGUGCCCAACUCACCUCUAAGCUAUCACAAAUGUGAUCCCACAGGAAAUCCCCACUCAACUGAAGCCAAAGAUUCAAAAGCCCUUGUAGAUGAAAAGACUGGAGUAGCAAACUGGUGCUCAGCAACAGAGGCAGUGGGCGAAGAUGCCGAAGAGGAAGAAGAAGAUGUGGCAGAAGGCAGCCUACCUGUCUCCCAGCCAUCGGACAUCAAUGAGCAGCUACUCGCAAACCAAAGCUUUUAUGGCCCAAUGAUAACAAAUUCCUUUAUUCAAAUGGGAGCUCUCCAUGGCAUUGACAAAGUCGGUAACCAAACAGAUGCUGAUCGUGGGCCUCUGGCCCAUGAUGAAUGCACACCAACCUCAGGCCCCCAACCAUUCCAAAGUCUCUCUCUGCAAGGCCAGCUUUCUCUACUACACUCACGGAAUUCAUGUAAAACUCUAAAAUGUCCUAAAUGCAACUGGCAUUAUAAAUACCAACAAACAUUGGAUGUUCAUAUGAAGGAAAAGCAUCCAGAAAGUCAUAGCCACUGUUCUUAUUGCCACAAUGGCCAACAGCACCCACGACUGGCCCGAGGUGAGAGUUACAACUGUGGCUAUAAGCCAUAUCGCUGUGAAGCUUGCAACUAUUCCACAACCACAAAGGGAAACCUUACCAUACACAUGCAGUCUGACAAACACUUGGCCAACCUCCAAGGAUACCAAGGAUCAGGCCCCACACCCACCGCAGCAGUAGCUCCUUUAGCAGCACAAACAGUGAAUGCUGGACAGGGAGAUCCUAACCAAACAUCACCCAUUGAUCGCCAGCUAAAACAAAAAGCAUCAUGGCACUGUAAGGUGUGCAACUAUGAAACUAACAUUUCUCGCAAUUUACGCAUUCACAUGACCAGUGAAAAGCACAUGCAAAAUGUCCUGCUUCUUCACCAGGGGCUAGGCAUGAGCCAAGACAACUUCCCAUUUUAUGGUGGGCCACUUGCUCCUGAACAGACACUGGAUCACCCUCUACUUUUUAAUCCCAUGCACUUCAGCUCAUCUAGUAGUCAAGCUUGCAGUCUCCUUCCACCAGAUUCUCCUUCUGGACCCCAGGUCAAUGCUUUAAGUACCUCUGGUAUGACCCUCCCUGCACCGCCUCCCCUGCCAGAGCCAUCACCUUCUUUCCCUGAGGAAGAGAUAUCCUCUGGGGUGUUCCGCUGCUUGGUGUGUCGUUGCUAUACCACAGACAGCUUGGAGGCCCUACUCUCUCAUGCCAGUAGAGGCCGGUCUCUGCCUGAGAGAGAGUGGCGGGAAGUUAGAGGAGACUUACACUGCUGUCGCCUCUGCUCCUAUAGUACCCAGCUCAAAGCUAAUUUUCAGCUGCAUCUGAAGACCGAUAAACAUGCCCAGAAAUAUCAACUGGCUGCCCAUAUGCGAGAAGGUGGCGCAGCGCUGGCUACUGCACAAGCAUCAGCAGCAGAACUUCCUAUCAGUGGGUACAGCCAGGCAUCUUCAUUCCCUCCUUUGCACCUACGAUGUAACCUGUGCGGAUAUGAGAGUAACAGCAGAGAGAAGAUACAGCUCCAUGUUCAGGGAGGAGGACAUGAAGAGAGUCUCCGCGUGUACAAGUUUUUGCAGGUCAUUGAAGGCAGUGGUGGAAGCGAUGCGGGUUUCCGCUGUGCCCCAUGUGACAGCACUGUUGGGUCUCGCUUAGGGAUGAUGUCUCAUCUACGUACAGCAAUCCAUCACCAAAAUAUUACACAAUGGAGGCUUGUACAUGGAGAAGCUAUACUCGAAAGAAUUGUAACUGUGUGCAGGAGCCAGCAAGAACAUGUUAAAAUCCCAAACACUCCAGAGAUCACAUCAGCGUCAGAUACAGGAGAAGACAACACAGACAUACCUCAAGCCCCUGUACAGGAUGAAACAUCGAAGACUGAAUGUGAAAAGGCUGCAGAAGGCACUACGGUAUUCUGCUGUCCCUUCUGUGCUUAUGUUAGCCCUUCUGAAGAGAAAGUUAACAGUCACGCUGUGUCACAGCAUGCAUUGCAGCCAACUUUUCGGUGCCCAUUGUGUCAAGAACAGCUGACAGGAACCAGUAAUCUAAAGGCACACCUGGGACAUGGACACAAUGUGAUGUCAGAAUGUGUGGAAAAACUGCUGCAGGUGGCACAAAAGGUGCAUAUAAACUUCAGGACCAGGAUUAUUCCAGUGAAAAUCAUAGAAGAACCAGAACAAUCUUCCUUGGAGAUUCUACCCUCCAGUGAAGCCACAGAUACAUCCCCUCCAGAAUCUCCUGGUGAAAUUUCAACAAGCCCGAAUGAAGCGACAGAUUCUGUUGCCGAUACUGACAAAUUACCAGAAGAGACUGCAUGUCCCUUGUGCCCUAUAACCUCUGAAAAUUCUCAAGAACUAAGAACCCACUUGGAGAAGGAUCAUCCAGAGUUUAGUCAGUCUGAUAUUCAGCAAGCAUGUGAAUCACGCAGUCAAGAAGUUGAAGGUACAGAGCAAGAGGAUAAAAAGGGGCCUCAGGAAAGUACACCCGCUCAUACUCAACAUUCUAUAUAUCGAAAAACCACCAACUUUGCCAUGGAUAAAUUUAUGGAUCCUUCUAGGCCUCACAAAUGUGUGGUAUGCAAAGAAUCCUUUACCCAGAAAAACAUCCUACUUGUACAUUAUAAUUCAGUAUCACACUUGCACAAGGUGCGUAAAGCCUCUCUUGAUCCUUCACUUUCUAACCGUCAUGAAUCUGGAGCAGGGUCUACGGUACAUGGAGUACAAGCAGGACAAGAUAAACCCUACAAAUGCACUGUGUGCCAUGUAUCAUACAACCAAAGCUCAACAUUAGAAAUUCACAUGCGUUCUGUACUUCAUCAAACCAGAUCAAGGAGCUUGAAGCAGGACCCUACCAAGAUUCCCUUAGAAAAACCUCAAAGAGACCCUGUAUGUAAGAGUGAAACUACUACUGAUUGCAGAGGAGAGACCAUAGAAUUGCAAGGAGUGGACCUUCCCAAAAAGAGACCACAGCAGAUUGGUCCCUGUGUUGGAGUUCCCAUUUUGCCCAGUCCAGUUGCUCCACCUCCAGUGCAGCUAUCCAUGGAUUUGUCUAGACCACCACCACUUGUCCAGCCUUCUCCGCUUUUUACAUCAUCACUCCUUCCCUCAUUUCCACUAAUACCUGAGGCUUUUUUGAAACUCCAGCGUCAACAGCAGCAGCUUUUGCUUCCAUUUUACCUGCAAGAACUCAAAGUUAGUGCAGAUGGAGGACCAACACCUUUACUGUCUUUUGGAGGUGCUCAGCAGCCUCCAUCCAUUAAGGAUGAGGGUGACCAACCCAGCGUAACACCCAGACCAGCGAAUGAAAAGGAUGAAAAAGUACCAGAUGAGCGUGAGGCAGCAACUGGAGAAGCAGAUGUUUCUCAGAAUCCAGAGUCUUCAACAAAGGCUUCUGUAGACCCUACUGGAUCUGCAGCACGAGCAUUGCUAGAGAAUUUUGGAUUUGAGCUGGUCACACAGUAUAAUGAGGGAAGGCAGCCACUUACUAGCCAAAUUCAGAUUCAGCCACAGCCUCCUGCUCCACCACUUGAUGCAUUGCCUAUACCUGAUUCCACAGAGAGCCUUCAAUGUGGUACUUGUGGUAAACAUUUUUCAAACAGAUUGAUUCUUAAAACACACGAGGAGCACAUGCACCAACGUUUGCUACCAUUUGAAGCUUUGAGUAGAUAUGCUGCCAAUUAUCGCCGAACCUACGACAGUCAUAACCCUGCUGGAGUCAAUACUGAAACAGGAGGUCCUUCAGCUACACCAUUAGACUUCUCUGUAACAUCUCAACACUCUCAGUGUUCCAAAGAGGUUGAAGACCAGGAUUCUUUACCUGAUCAGGCCAUUACAGUUGAACAGCUUAGAUUUCUACACAACCACCUGGAUUUUCCUGGUCACCUGUUGGAAGAGCAGCUAUUAUGGGCAGCUGAAAAGACUGGAUUAUCCCCUGCAGCUAUCAUGCAGUGGCAUAAGCAGGGUGAGGGAAGCAUGCAAGAGUUUCAAGAAGAAGAAGGAGAGGAUUAUUCUAAGACUGAUCGUAUGAGUAAUCGACGAUUUUCACGCACAAAAUUCUCUGACUUUCAGACUCAGGCACUAAACAGCUUUUUUGAGUCCAGUGCAUAUCCUAGAGAUAAUGAAGUAGAGCAACUGUCCGCACUGCUAGGUCUUUCUGGACGGGUGGUGGUGGUCUGGUUUCAAAAUGCUCGACAAAAAGCACGAAAGCAAGCUGCAGAUUAUGGAAAUUCCCCUUCACCACCUCUGUAUCCUGUUCAACCAGGGGAACGCCCUGCUGCCAACAGCAAUGUUCCACCUUGUCGGAAAUGUGGCAUGAGCUUUCCUUGCAUUUUUCAUCUAAUCCGUCACCUGAAAACUUGCUAUAGUGACAUCAGUGAAGAAGCAACUGAAACUGAAGAGAAAGACGAGGAAUUGAUUAGGUCUGCACAGACUGAAGAGUCAGUAUCAGAUCACACUGAAGACACUGAUCUCCCAUUAUCAAUUAGCCAAGAAAAGCAAGAUAAACCACAAAAGGAAACCAAAGUUGAUCAAGAAGUUAAUGCUCCGGUUAUAAAAGAGAAAGCUGAGUCGCCUAAGGUAAAUGAAGGAAAUAUACCAAUAUCUGAGCCAGGGGAUCAUCUUGUGGAGCCAAAUGAAUCUUCUGUCACUAACAGCAAUGUGGACCAGAACCAAAACAAGACAUCACCAAGUAAUAGCCAUCUUCAAACACCUUUGAUGGACCUCUCUGUGCUUAUCCCAGUGGGGCCUGGUGAGGUGGCCUAUCAGAGAAAAAGAAAGCAUGAAGAAGAAAGCCUCUCUCCAACUGGAAGUGAAGGCGGUGAUGAGCCUCCAAGGGACAAGCGUCUGAGAACCACUAUUUUACCAGAACAGUUAGAUAUUUUACAUAGAUGGUACUUGCAAGACUCCAAUCCAACAAGAAGCACACUAGAACGCAUAUCUUUCGAAGUGGGCCUGAAAAAGAGAGUGGUUCAGGUUUGGUUUCAGAACACAAGGGCUCGUGAGAGGAAAGGCCAGUACCGAGGGGUACCACCUGGCACUAUUUCCGCUCCUCGACAGCAAGAUGACUCUACAAAUGAAGCGACAAAAAGAGAAAGCUCUGGUUCAAGUUACUUUUAUAAUGCAACUCCAAGCCAAAUUAUGCCACAGCUUGUAGCCAAGUCAUGCACAUUAGCGAUACAGACCAGUUCUUCAGUAUCUUCUAAACCUCAGACUUCUUCCAGCCUCACAAAUACUCAUGUUGCCAAGUCCCUGGUGAAUCCAACCCAGGCUCUGUCAGGCCUGCUGAGUGCUGCACAAAUUAUGCCUGGCUUAGUUAAUCCAUCUCAAACAAUCCCAAGCCUUGCUAGCUCUUCCCAAGCUUUAGCUGGCCUUGUUAAUCCACCACAGACAUUAUCAGGUUUAGUUAACCCAAAUCAGGCAUUCCCAGGUCUUAUUAACCCUGCCCAUGUUCUGCCCAGCCUAGUGAGUACUUCCCAGUCGUCACCAGGAUUGCUGUUAGCUUCCUUUCAAACUAAACCUGCAGCACCACCUGUUUUAGUGUCUUCCCCUCCUGAGGCUAAAGUACAUUCUUCUCCCAUCCAGCAAGCACCUUCCCAGUUGCCAAUAGCUGAACCUGACAAAACAGUAACUCUGUCAGUUAAUGAGACACUGGAUUGCUCUAAAAUUAAACAUUCUGAGCAACAUACUACUGAGAAUCAAUCUACUGAGAAUCAAGGAAGUUGCAACCAAAAACCUUCAGAAGAGAAAACAGCCCAUAAAAUGAUGGACUCUAUGAUGCACAGUCCACAGGCUGGAGAUAUGAGUGACUCAUCAAGUUCAGAUCCUGGUCCUUCUAGUCCUGGCAAAGGACCCUUAAACUCUGAAGGCUUUUUAGGUUCCUCAGGAGCUAGACGCUAUCGCACUCAAAUGAGUAGUCUACAGUUAAGGAUACUUAAGGCAUGUUAUUCAGAAUAUCGCACCCCAAGCAUGCAGGAAUGUGACUGCCUUGGCAGUGAGAUUGGGUUGCAGAAGAGAGUUGUUCAGGUUUGGUUUCAAAAUGCCAGAGCCAAAGAAAAAAAGGCUAAACUCCAAGGACUGGUUGGCACAACUGCUUCCAGUGAAGGACCUCAGCCUACUGAGUGUACUCACUGUAAUGUUAAAUAUGGGCCUACCAUCCCAUGUCGUGCCCACAUUUUCUCAAGACAGCAUAUUGCAAGGCUUCGAGUAUCAAUACAACAGCAGCUAAAAGAGGAAAGCCGAUACCGUGACACACAUCCAAGUGCAGGAGCACCGUCUGUUUCAGAGAGCAAACCAACCUCGCAGAUGCUUAACUUCCAGACUUCUGCUACAGUGGCACCACAAAUCCAGAGGAUUACACCCCUGCUGAUGCCAGGACAGGGCAUUCCUGCACCUAUAGGUGGAUUGGCCACAUUUAACACAGGCCCGCCUCCAAGCCUCAUCGGGAUGACGUCUUCUGUACCUCCAGCUCUCCUGUCCCGUGCAGCUCCAACUGUUCCUUCUACACACAUAACCAACGAUACCACUAUGGAGUCCUCACAACCUACAUUGACCUCUGAAACCACUGGUCCUUCAGCUUUAAAAGCUGCUUCUCUCAUGGGGGCUCCUUUUAUGCCUUUUUCACUUGCUCCAGCUGCCACUCCCCUUUUCAGCCCCCAGAUACAAGGCCCCUACUUUCAGCAGUUGUAUGGCUUAAAGAAGCGUCUAUUUCCAAUUAAUCCUGUCAUUCCCCAUACGCUUCUUGGGCUCCUUCCAGCCCCCCUCAAACUGGCACCUGAGAUAUCACCCCGUAAACCAGAACCAUCACAGACAAAAGUAAUGAAUGAAUGCAGUGCAGAGUCUAAAGAGAGAGAGGAGGAAAGUGUGGAUCGAGAUGACGACUUAGAUGAUGAAGAUAUACCAAUGGUGGAUGUGGCGAUUAGAUACCAAUGCCAACAUUGCAAGACUUCUUAUGAUGAAGAGGGGGAAGCAGAAGCUCAUCAACGUUCCGGCUGUUACACUGGUCCUCCUCCACACCCACCUCCACUCAGAGUGAGGGUCUGUACCUAUCACUGCCUGUCCUGCCAAGUGCUACUGCAGGGUCCUGAAGCUCGAAGCCAACACUUGAGGUCACAGCAGCACCGUGCACAAAGUGCAUGCAGUGAUGGAGCAUCCUCUGCAAUACCUCAACUCAGGCCAAAGAGUGCUGCUACCUCCGUGCUCAUGGCUUUAUAGAGACACUCUAUGUCUGUCUCACACUACAGACAAGCUUUCGGGCUGUCUUUUAUCUUAUUUCACUUAGUGUGUUUGUUUAAUUUGCCUCCUAGAGUGUUUGUAUUUGAUCCCUUUCUGUGUACGUGUCUCAUUCUCAGUGUCUCCCUACUCGUGUGUGUCUGUUACAGAAUAAGCAUUCCCUCACUCAGGAAUGCUUCCUUAACCUUCAUCUGCUGGAGUGACACUAUCUGCUCACUUGACUGUCUAACUGUUUUGAAUCUGUGUCUCUCCAGCAGGGAAGUAUACUCAAAGAAAUACAUCACAACACAGGCCAAAAAGAAAACAAAAAAACCUUUAACCUCUGCAUAGAAUAAUGAGAACCCAAAGCUUUUCUGCAUUUCCUGAUCCUGGUGCCAAAAUAAGAGUGACCUCCCCCUGUCUGUGGACAUUGUACCCAAAAUCCCUGAUGGUCAUAGAUGGCUUGACUGGAACAUAAACCAAUGAACAGGGGGGAGGUAAAAAAAAAAACUGAAUAUAUAUGUAUAACCAAAAGUUCCGUGACAUAAGGAACCAAACACAAAGGCAAUGCCCUUCUCUUCUGUUACACAUGCAUGUACACACACGUGUGUACAUAAAGAAUUGGGGGAUUUUAUUUCAGAUGGGGGAUAUAGCAACUCUCCACCAACGACUUGAACUUUGUUAUACUUGGGGACUGAUGACAGCGCUCCAAGAACUCUUGCUGUGAUGCUUUAACCAUUUGUGGAGGGGACAAGGGAAGGGCUUUAACUUUUUUGGGGAGGGUUAUGGGGGGGAGGAACAUUUUUCACACCCUUGCUCCCCUGUAUCGCUCUCCCCAUACCUCACUCUCAAUGUUUUAAGCUUGGGGUAUUUGGGGGGGGGGGGGUCAGGAUGAUCAACCACCGAACAAGGACACAACAAAAAAGUAACUAAAAUGUUUGAAUCCAAAGUUGCAUAAAAACAAAAAAAAAAUUCACACCAAAAAAAAAAGGAAAAAAAAAAUGGACGGGAAGAUGGAAACCUGAAAAUGGACAAUUAUUUGUAUUAUGGGUAUGAGGAAAAUGCUGAGUCACUGCAUAUAGUUCAUCACUCAGAGCAGCGUGGGAUCUGUACAUAAACAGACAUAUGUCUGAUACAGACUUUUCUAUCCUCACAGCCACCAUGUAGGAUUAUUAACACUAAUGUAUAAGACGUUCAAUCAUUUGCUUUCUUCAUUUUUGUCUUUUCAUACUGCUCACAUUUCUUUGUUUUGAUUAUGUCUUCCUUAAUACACGGUACAAUUGUUCUUUAGCCAUUUUUUUUUAACAAUUCUUAUAAUUCAACUUAGAUACCUUUUUGUAAGAUUAAGAGAAAAUUUUGUUUGAGAUCAAAUAUUUUUUCCAGAAACGUUCAAUAAUUUAUUCUUUGUCAUUAACAGAAUAAAAAUGUGUAACUAGGAAAUGGCUUAUUUUAGCCAACCAGUUGCAUACAACACAUACUAACAGGAGAUAGAUAAAAAAAAGUGGCAUACCCUUUAAAGCUGUAUGCUGAAAUUAGUUCACACAGCAACCUAAAAUUGUACUGUGUAUGGCAACCUCUAUUAUAAUAUUAUUUUUAAGCUCAAUGAAUUAGGCCUUGGAUACAAUAAUAAGCAAGAAAUGCAGUUUCCAUAUAUUAUGGAGUAUGGAAAUUGUUACAACUAAAUAUAAAUUUAUCAUUUUUACAGUAAUAUUGAAUGUAAUCUGUUAAAAGAAAAACUGGCCACUUUUCUUGCAUGUUUUCUUAAGAAUUCAUUUAGUUGCACUUGAAACAUGGGUUGGAACAUGAUGGUAUGAACAGACCUAUAUUCUGCUAUACUUAUGGCAAUUUAGGAAUCUUUUCAUCUACUUUCAAUCAAGAAAACGAUACUAUUAAAUUAAAUGGUCCAUGGCUAACUUCCACCAAUGGUUUGCAAUCAUUUCUAGGAAAGAGGUCAAAUGCAGUCAAAGAAAACCAGCUUUCAGAGAAACUGGAUUGCUUUUGAGAUGUGUUUAUUCAUUUGUUGCCGCACAUUUCCUAAGCCUUGAAAUUGUAUUCGAAUUAGACUGGAGAAGUAAAUGCAGUUCAGGUGCAAAAAAACAAAAACAUGAUGUAUGGAAAAUGGAAACAAAUGCUAGUUAACACUGAUCCAUGCAAUCCAAAAUUCACACACUGCACUCCAGAUGCUUAAUUCACAUCAGCAGCAGAACCAAACAGAAGACCUUAGACAACCUAUGGUACGAGAGUUUUGUGGACUUGCUAGGACAUCAUAGACAUAUUUGACUGAAUACUUUUGGUCCUAAUAGUAACGUAUUAUUAUGAUGGCCACAAGAAUUAGCAACAUUCUUUUUCUCCAAAAAGAGGUACAAGUCCAUAGAAAAUAAAAAUCUAAAUACAUACCGAUAUGAAUAAAUUUGAUUUGAAGUGCUCUCAUAUGUUACAGGGAUAUCUUGACAUUUCUGGUUUAAAAAUUCCUGUGGCCUAGGCACAAGAGGCCUUCACAAAUCUAGUUCUUGAAGUUAUAUACCAAAUGUGAAACCAUAGGCUGUCUAUUGCUGGUCUACCAGUCAUCAGUCAACUGACUAUCUUUCCUCUAGUGUGCAUCUACAAUUUUUUUUUUUCAAAUGUAUGACAAUUUAUAGAAUGUACUUUUGUAAUUCAUUCAUUUCAUUCAUCAAUUAUUUUUAGACCAAACUUCAUUCUUUGCCAAACUUUCUCUCAGUUUACUGAUGGUUUCUCUUAUAUGUGCUAAAAAAUACAUCACCGUAUUCUCCAAAGAUGUCAGAUAAGAUUGACUACCCUCUCUUCUUUGUAAAGUUUAGAAGCCUUUUUAAUUAAUCUACAAAUUCACUCACUUGCCACUAGCUGUAUAAAUGUGUAUAGUGGCCGGAACUAAAAGCUUUAUCUUCUUAAUAUAAAACCAACAAAUGUUCUGAUAUCUUUUACAUGUGAGCAGAGGUUGGAUAUCCAAUUCUGCAUUACCAAGGAUAAGUAUUUCAUUUUAAGAGUUAUUAACUUCUAAACAGAGCUUUACAAUAGAUUAUCUGCAUGGUAGUGUUGAACUUAGAUGGUGAAAGGUAUCAGAAAAAAACCCCACCUUAGUUUAUGUAGUAAAUAAAUUGUUACCCAAUAUAAAGCACAGGUACACAGAGGAGCUUGGACAACGCACAGUGCAUGCAGCCUGAUUCCAAAAAAAACAUAGACAAUUUUAUCAACACACUGCAUGUAGAUUCCGAGACCAAUUCCACACCUAUCGUUCAACACCCAAUGUUCUUAUUCAUACUAAUGCACACACGUAACUACAGCAAUGGUAUUUGUACAUCUAAAAAUUAUAAAUCAACAUACAGAAGCAGUUUGCAGACAUUGUUGCAAUGCUACACUAUCAUGUACUUCGUAUAUUAUAAGCUAUAGCCUAACAUGGCAAUACAGAGGUUAAAAGCAGACGUAUCUACCCUUAUGUUUAUAAACUAUUGACUCCCAUGACAACACUGUUCUAUACAGUGGCAUAACAUAAUAAAAUGGAGUCAUGUGAGAGGGUUGAAACAUACGAGGAUUCCACCAAAAGAAGAUGCUUGGAUGGCCUUUUGUUUGCCGUCAGAUUAACAUGAGAGACGACGCGUAUUUCUUUCUAUUUCGUUCGUUACGUGCAUGUGUUAAAACAUGUAGCCAAGUACAGAUGGUCUUACCCACUCUUGACAUGUUUGAUUACACACUACUAAUGAAUAUGCUGAUGCAUUAAUAAAUCGCUGUAAUACUGCAUCACACAAACAGUACGUGAGUAGAAUUUGUUUCACAACUGCGAAACGGACACCUGCCAGGCCUGAUUUUUCUAGGUUUUAUCUUUGCUAAAAGAUCUUUUGUCACUCUAUUGACAUACCAUCAUUAUCUUGUGUCCUCUUUGUCUUCCUGUUCUCAGCUAUGUCACAUGCUUUCUGUCUACUGUUUGUCCCUCAUAUAUUUGCUGUGUUCAUGAGUAGAAUGUUACAUGGCUACAUAUAGUAAAAAGAACAGACCGGGCCUUGGAAAUUCUUAUUAUUUUUUGUUAAUCUGCAAUUUUUUCAUUUUUUUUUUUUUAAAUAAGAAUCUUGUACUGUUAUGGUAACUGGUGCCAAUACUCAAAGUUCUGCUAACACAGAGCAUGUGGCUAGCUAGUGUUAGCUCUCAAUCUCCCUGUAUCUUCUGAUUGUCUGGUGACCAGCUGCUCACCCAACUUGGAUUGUCGCAUGCAAAGAGUUUGAGGAAUUUUUCAGAGUGAUGUAUAAAUGGUUAAAAAAAUAUAAAAACUAAAUUUAAAAUGU